AUGGCUGACUCGGGGACGGACGAGGCGCUCCAGCUACAGCUGGUUGCGCUCCGCCGCAAGCUGGCAUCACAGGCUCGGUCGCGCGAGGCCAAGGCUGCACUGGCUCGGGCGUUGGCUCCGCGGCGCGGACGGGGACGGCGGAGUGCAGGUGGUGUGGCGGAUGCCAGAGUAGAGGCGCCCGAGGCAGCUGGGGCAAGACGGAGGCGGGCGUUGCUGGAGGCCAAGGCGCGCGGCCGGGAGCGCGUGGACGUCAACAGGGUGGUGCGGAGGCUGGCUGGGCGAGAGUGGGCAGAUGUGGCCGGGACGUCCAAGCCCAAGUCGAGGACGGCGCGGAAGCGAGUAACCGAUGGCAGUGCGGCCAAGAGCGAUGGCGGCGAUGAGCGCACGACGCCCGAGUGGCUGGUGGCGCAUCGACGGAAGCGCGGGCGGAGGCGAAUGACGCAGAGCGAGAUGGAGACCAAGAUCAUGGAGGCGCUCCGGGUGGGCGAGUCGCGGGCGUCGCUGUCAGAGGACCCACGGAGCCGCGGAGAGCUGGAGCUUGUGUGCAAGUGCAUGCGGCGGCUGAAGACGUUUGAGGGCGAAAAGGACACGUUCUACCUGAUGAUGCUUGCGGCGGUGAUUACAGCGCGGGCGUACCCAGGGCAUCGGUCUGUGUUUCGGCAGGGUGAUCCGGGCGUGCACUGGUAUAUCAUCUUCAAGGGCUCUGUGGACGUGCUCAUUCUGGACCAGGCGACGGGCGAGGAGCGAGUGGUGGCCAACAUCAAGGCCGGCGACCAUUUUGGCGACAUUGCGCUACGCGAGACGACAGUGCGGGCGGCGUCGAUUGUGACGUGCGAGCCGUGCAUUCUGCUGAGGGUGCACAAGGAUGACUACGACGCGAUUGUCUCGCGCGACCAUACCCGCAAGCAAGCCAUGCUUGUCGAGUUUCUCAAGCGGUUCCGGAUGUUCGACUCGUUGGCACCCAAGCGGUUGCGGCAGCUGGCAGACAUCGUCCAGCCCAAGGCGUAUGCCGUUGGCGAGGUCAUCAUCGACGAGGGCGACGACAUCAACUUUGUCAACUUUAUCCGCCACGGGCGAGUCCGGGUCCUCAAGCGAGUCACCGUGCCGCACGACCAAGCGUCUGGUUCCGAAGGCGGCGACGAGGCCGAGAACGGGGGACGGGGCAGCGAGGACAAGCUUGACACGUCUGCGGGCUCGGUGACGCGUGCGCUGGACCCCGAGGUCGACAUCGACGAGCUGAUGGAGGAGCUUGCGCAUGAGCCGGCGCCAGACCCCGCGUUUGUCUCGCGGUUCAUGGAGCUCCAGCCGCCGCUCUCGCCGCUGGGUGCAUACGAGUACUUUCCCAACUAUGUCGGCGGCUACCGCGAGGUGUCGCCGGCGCGGUUUGUGGCGGUGGAUCCUGUGGAGAUCCUGCAGCUCUCGUGCGUGUCGUUCAAAACAAUGAUGACGGAUCACGCCAAGUCUGUGCUCCAGCAGACGGCCGAGGAGCGGGCGACACCGUCCGACAACUGCGGAAGCAAGCGUGGGAGCGGGCCAAGAUCAAGCUGCUCGCCGACGUUGUAA